CUCGAGGCCAUUAUGGCUGAAGGAUUUUAGGAGAGAUACAGACUAUGGCAAAGAAGAGAGGAACAGAGACCCUCUUCUUUGUUCUCUUUCUGGACUGUUGGCAAGCACAGUCAAUCCAUAUCCUUGACGUGGCCACAUGAGUGUCAGCAGAAGGCUUGAAGUCAGUCCAUGGCAUCCUAGGGGAGACUGUUGACCCAGUGCUUUUCCAUUUAUACCUUCAUUUUUGUAUUCGUCAGUGACAACAUCAGGAAAUCCUUGUGCUUAUCAAACAGAUCAGGUUCAAAUACUGAAUUUUCAUCAAGUUCAAAAAAUUUGGAUGAAGGUUUGUCUAAACUAUUCGUGAACAUAGGAAUGCAGAUAAUCUCCUCGAGAUCCUGUGUGCAUUUCCUUUGGAUAUAUACACAUAGUUGGGACUGCUGGACAUACGAUGAAAUUCUACUGCAAGUGUUUUCCAAAGUUCCAUCUGAUGAAACAAGAACAGCAGGAAAGUCAAUUACAAAGAGAGAAGUGAAAGAAAGUUAUCCUCAAAAAAAGAGCUUGAAAAAUAUUGAAUUUGUAUCAAGUUCAAAUAAACGAGGAGAACAUUUAUCUAAACUAUUCAAUGAAAUUCUACAGCAAGUGUUUUACAAGGUUCCGUAUGGGACACCAUUUGAUGAAGCAAGAACAUCAAGCAAAUCAAUUACAAAGAGAGACAUGAAUUCAGAAAUUUUCACCAAAGGGACCAGUGUUCCUGGGUAUUCUACUGCACCAAGGUUUCUCCUUGGCAGCAUGGACAGAAUUUCUAUUAGUGGUCACAAUUCAGAGAAGAGGGAUAAAGAAUCCUCUCUCUCCAACAGAGAUGUAAAUGAGCCAUUUUCUGCUAUAGAUAAAGAAACACUUGAAGAAGCAGUUAGGACAGGUGUUCAAAAUAAGAACGUACCGUGUGCGCAGCUUCUGCAGUUCCUCCAGAGGAACAUCAUCAUUGCUGCCGCCUCAGUGGCGGGAGUCCUUGUGGUCACAGUGUUGCUGCUGCUGGCCUUGACCACAUGCAUCAGGAGGAAACAACUAUCACAUUCUCCAGCGAACAUGACAUAUAAUAUUUUUAUUCUGAAUGGGAAGACUUGGUGGCAGAAGUUUCAAGAAAAGAACCCCAGAAAACACAGUGAUAAACAGAAACGGUUGUUGAAGAGCAAAUCCCGUGUCUAAGCCAGCUGGUGGGGCCAGCCAAACCAGGACUGGAAGCUGUGAGGCCAGGCAGUUCUCCACCUGGACACCACGGAGAGGCAUUUGGAUUUCUGGCUGUGAGGUGUGCUCUACAAAAUGUUGACCUUCUGUCAAUCUCGAAUGGACCAAGACACAAAUGUUGUACCACAGGAUGCUUAUAGUGUGGUAUGGCUCUAAUGGCUAGUGCAGGAGACACAGUACAUUUGCCCAAAGACAAACCUGACCAACUACCGAUUUAUUUAUUUAUUAAAGCAUCGGUUCUCUGA